AUGGCGGCAAUCUCCGCGGCGCUACUGGGUUUCCCCACACUUGCCGAACCCCACCUCGAUUUCAGCGCUCCCCGCAUCACCGUGCCCUCGUCCAUCUUAUAUAAACCAGCUGAUCCCUCCCAAGUCUUCUCUAAAUUGCUGCAGAGUCGGCUGUUCUCCACGAUGAGCACGACGAGAAAGGGCAUCCACCGCGCGCCGAUUGGGUUCGGACCGGCACCUUCGCCGCGCCAAGCACCUGAUGGGAGCCGAUUCGACUGGUCGCAAGCCCGCACCACCACCGUCGUUGUCGAGGUGGAGCGCGAGUGCGUCGAAGCACUGCUUCCUCCCGGCUACACGGUCUCGGACAGCGUCACGCACCCAACGGUGCUGUUCGAAGUCAUGGAGCUUCGCAAUCUGCCCUGGCUCGCGGGGCGCGGGUACAACACGCUCGGCGUCUACCUCAACGAUAUCGUGUGCAAUCGCGUACAGCCUGCUAUUACGGCGUCGUACAUGGCGGUGCUGUUCGAGAACUUUACCGAUCCCAUCACGACCGGCCGCGAAGAACUCGGCUUUCCAAAGGUCUACGCCGAAAUCCCCAACGCCAUCGUCUCCCAGAAGGAAGGGGUGGAAAGCAGAGUGCAUACUCUGGCAUGGGGCGGAUUCGAGUUUCUCCGCCUCGAGAUGGAGCUCACUGCGUAUGCGGUGCAGAACAGUCCUGCGCUGAAGCCGGAUGCGAGGAGGUAUACGCAUCCGACCAAGGAUGGGAUUCUUCACCAGCGCUAUGUUCCGGCAGUGGGAGAGCCCGGAAAGAGCGAUGCGGACUACGCCACUUUCUGCCCUCCCCCACCUGGCCCGCCCAAGGUGCUGGAGUUCAAAGCUCCGCCCUUGAGCCGUGGCGGCGAUGAAGUGUGCCCAGCGGUGGUCCAGGUGCAACCGGAUCAAAAAGCCGAGGGAACACAUGAGUUCUGCGAGGGCGCAGUCAAGCUCAGCGUGAAGCGUGGAUCGUUCGACCAGCUCCCGACGCUGUACAAUGUGGUGGAUGCGUUGGCGAGUCUCAAGGUGCGUGCGUGCAGAGAGGUGGCACUACACACCUUCCAGGGCGCAAGUGAUCUCGCCGCAAACCAUCGCAUUGAAAAGUAA